AUGCCCGGAGGAUUUGAGAAGUCAGUAAAAGGGGCCACGAAGCUCAAGCUUGCGGCCCCUAAAUCCAAAUACAUAGAGAAUAUCCUUGUGGCAACUCAUACCGGCGAGGCAGGAGUUGCAGAGGUAUUCCGAACCCUUCAAAUACGACUCCGAGACUCGGCAUGGACCAUUGUUUUCAAGGCACUCAUCGUUCUCCAUCUCAUGAUCCGAGAGGGUCAACUGGAUGCUGCGCUGGGAUACUUGUCCGAUAACCCGAAGAAGAUCGCGCCCAGCAAUUUCUCUGAAGCCCAAUCGCAGGGACAUAAUAUCCGACGUUAUGCCGAAUACCUUAUCACGCGCGCCAAGGCGUUCGAAGCCUCCAAGACGGAUCAUGUGCGCAGUGGACCGGGACGGCUGAAGAGGAUAGGUGUGGAGAAAGGCCUAUUGAGGGAGACUGAAAUUGUACAGAAGCAAAUUCGUGUGUUACUGCGGUGUGAUCUAUUGACGGAUGAGCCGGAGAACGAGAUCAGUUUGACCGCGUUCCGUCUCCUCACACUUGAUCUAUUGACUCUAUAUUCAGUCAUGAAUGAGGGCACGAUCAAUGUUUUGGAACACUACUUUGAGAUGUCGCGGCCGGAUAGUAUACGUGCCCUGGCAAUCUACAAGACGUUUACAAAACAAACGGAAGAAGUGGUCCAGUUCUUGGGAGUGGCAAGACAUUUCCAAUCUGCUACUCGCCUGGAAAUCCCGAAGCUCAAGCAUGCCUCCACAGACCUGGCGCGCCUUCUCGAGGAUGAUCUUAACGAUCCUGAUUUCGAUCUUCGGCGACGGGAGUACUUGGCCAAGAAAGGCGUACGAGUUCCACCGAGCAUGGAAGCCAGUGCGACCGAUGUAUCAAAGUCAAUGCCGAACACACCGAUGUCGAACCCGCCGGCGUCAAACCUACCCAAGCAGGCCGAACAACCGAAGCCACCACCUGUGGAUCUGAUCGACUUUUUUGAUUCAAUUGAGCAGAACCAGCAGCCAAUGGGGCAACAGAACUCAAUGCAGUACCAGCAAACAGGGUUCCAACAGCAGUCGCAGCAACCAUUCUAUCCCCAACAGACUGGCUUCCAGCAGCAGCCUCAGGCGAUCCAGCAGCAACCCCAGGCGACUCAACAGCAGCCCUUAGCAACUGGAUAUGGCCAGCCAGCCCAAUAUGGAGCGCCUUAUCAAGCACAGGGCCCAAACAAUCCAUUCGGGCAGCAGCAGCAGCAGCAGCAACAACCACAACAACAACAGCCGCUUCAAGCUAUGCCCACUGGCGCUGGAUUUGGAGGGUACUCCUCCCAGCCCCAAUCGUAUGGCUUUCAGUCGCAAUUGGCUCCUAUUCCGCAGGAAGGCAUUGCCGCCUUCCCUCAACAACAACAGCAAGCACCUCAGCCCUUGCAGCCCCAGCACACCAAUCCAUUCCGCCAGUCAAUGAUGCUCAACACUCCCACGGGCGCUCAGCCACCCGCCGCUCCUCUAUCGCGACAGAACACGAACCCAUUCGCGAGACGACUAUCCACAGCAAACACGCAAUAUAAUCCCUCAAACGAGCAAUUUCAGCCUGCGCAACCCCCGCAAGUGCCGCUUCCUCAGCCACCACAAGCGCAGCCAAUCCAGCCUCAGCGAACGGGAACCAACCCUUUUGCGCGGGCCUCUCCUGCUCCGCAGCAAGGUCUGCAACCCCCAGCAGCUGCUCCCUUGCAGCCUAACCCAACUGGCAGUACCAACCCUUUCCGACAGAGCCAGUUUAUCAAUCAGCAGACCGGACAAGGUUGGCAAAACAGUGGGCAGAGUGGUACAAUGGGUGGAUUAGAACAGCUGAACACGAUGCCGAUCUUCCCGCGCCCCGGCAUGACCUAA